CCCAAAAACUCUCCUCUCCUUCUCUCUUCUGCUCUGCUUCUAGAGAGAGAAAGUGUUGAAUUUGUCUUAUUUAUGCGAUAAGAACCACUUCCUCUCUCUAUAAAAACCACCAAAAUCCUUCACUCUCUUAUCUCUCUCUCUCUCUUCUUUAAACCUCCAAGAUUUGGAUCUUUUUUUUUCUCUGUCUUUAAACAGGUUUUUACAAGGUAUCGUUAAAAAACAAAACUUCAGGAAAAGACUCUGUUUUUCUAUUUGGGAUUUCGAUAAAAUUUCCGGGAUUAUACAAAAGAAGAGAUUUUUCCACACUUUUAAAUCGUUAAAUAAGAAGAAAUGCAGGAUCCAGCAGCUUAUUAUCAGACGAUGAUGGCGAAACAACAGCAACAAACUCAAACGCAACAACAACAAACGCAGUUUCCAGAGCAAGAACAGCUAAAGUGUCCUCGCUGUGACUCACCGAACACCAAAUUCUGUUACUACAACAACUACAAUCUGUCACAGCCCCGUCACUUUUGCAAAAGCUGCCGUCGUUACUGGACCAAAGGCGGCGCUCUCCGCAACGUCCCCGUCGGAGGAGGUUCUCGCAAGAACGCCAAACGAUCCACUUCCUCUUCUUCUCCUCCUUCAAACUCCCACAGCAAGAAGACUAAGAACCCGGAUCCGGAUCCGAAUUCACAGAACGGGACUAAACCGGAUACGGAUCCGACCCGGAUGCUUUACGGGUUUCCGAUCGGAGACCAAGACGUGAAAGGUAUGGAGAUUGGUGGUGGGAGUAGUUUUAGCUCGCUUUUGGCGUCGAAUAUGCAGCUGGGUCUUGGUGGGAUCAUUCUUGACGGGUCGGGUUGGGAUCCGGGUAUGGGUUUGGGUAUUGGUUUGAGGAGGAACGAAGCGGCUAGUAACGGAGGUAACCCCUGGACCGAUCUGGCUAUGAACAGAGUGGAGAAAAACUGAAGAAGAAGAAGAAGAAGAAGAAGAAGAAAUGGAGGGGUGUUUUGGUAAAUUAAUAUGAAAUUGCAAAAACUGAUUUUAGGUGACUUGAGAGUCAUCACGUAGACAAUGAACAGUUUCGCUCGAUGUUAUGUCAUUUUGGUAAUAUAUUCCUCCUACUACUCCCUUUUUUCUUAUUUUAUUUAUAUAAUGAUCAUCGGUUUGUUAAAAUUUUAAUCUUGUGUAAUAGAAGAAGAUUUUCAGUUUA